AUAAGAAACAGAAGCAAGCUGAGAAGGAUGCUGAAAAGAAGUCCCAGAAGGCCGAAGAGUUUGAGAUUGUUUCUGAAAAGAUAUCAGAAGAAAAGAUUGAAGAAAGCCUGAAGGCUGAUGUCAAGGAUUCCGAGGCUACAGCAAAGAAAGCAAAGGCUCUGGAGAAGCAAGAACUCGAAGAGAAACAACUGGAGGAUAACAAACAGAAGCAAGCUGAGAAGGAUGCUGAAAACAAGUCCCAGAAGACCGAAGAGUCUGAGGUUGUUGCUGAAAAGAUAUCCGAAGAAAAGGUUGAAGAAAGCCAGAAAGCUGAUGUCAAGGAUUCCGAGGCUAAAGCCAAGAAAGCAAAGGCUAUGGAACAGCAAGCACUUGAGGAGAAACAACUGAAAGAAAAGAAACAGAAGCAGGCUGAAAAGGAUGCCAAAAAGAAGGACCAGAAGGCCGAAGAGUCUGAGGUUGUUGCUGAAAAGAUAUCCGAAGAAAAAGUUGAAGAAAGCCAGAAAGCUGAUGUCAAGGAUUCCAAAGCUAAAGCCAAGAAAGCAAAGGCUCUGGAACAACAAGAACUUGAGGAGAAACAACUGGAGGAUAACAAACAGAAGCAAGCAAAGAAGGAUGCUGAAAAGAAGUCCCAGAAGGCCGAAGAGUCUGAGGUUGUUGCUGAAAAGGUAUCUGAAGAAAAGGUUGAAGAAAGCCUGAAGGCUGAUGUCAAGGAUUCCGAGGCUACAGCAAAGAAAGCAAAGGCUCUGGAGAAGCAAGAACUCGAAGAGAAACAACUGGAGGAGAACAAACAGAAGCAAGCUGAGAAGGAUGCUGAAAAGAAGUCCCAGAAGGCCGAAGAGUCUGAGGUUGUUGCUGAAAAGAUAUCCGAAGAAAAGGUUGAAGAAAGCCAGAAAGCUGAUGUCAAGGAUUCCGAGGCUAAAGCCAAGAAAGCAAAGGCUCUGGAACAACAAAAGCUUGAGGAGAAACAACUGGAAGAUAAGAAACAGAAGCAAGCUGAGAAGGAUGCUGAAAAGAAGUCCCAGAAGGCCGAAGAGUCUGAGGUUGUUGCUGAAAAGAUAUCUGAAGAAAAGGUUGAAGAAAGCCAGAAAGCUGAUGUCAAGGAUUCCGAGGCUAAAGCAAAGAAAGCAAAGGCUCUGGAGAAGCAAGAACUCGAAGAGAAACAACUGGAGGAGAACAAACAGAAGCAAGCUGAGAAGGAUGCUGAAAAGAAGUCCCAGAAGGCCGAAGAGUCUGAGGUUGUUGCUGAAAAGAUAUCCGAAGAAAAGGUUGAAGAAAGCCAGAAAGCUGAUGUCAAGGAUUCCGAGGCUAAAGCCAAGAAAGCAAAGGCUCUGGAACAACAAGCACUUGAGGAGAAACAACUGAAAGAAAAGAAACAGAAGCAGGCUGAAAAGGAUGCCAAAAAGAAGGACCAGAAGGCCGAAGAGUCUGAGGUUGUUGAUGAAAAGAUAUCCGAAGAAAAGGUUGAAGAAAGCCAGAAGGCAGAUUUCAAGGACAUCGAAGCUAAAGCCAAGAAAGCAAAGGCUUUGGAACAACAAGAACUCGAGGAGAAACAACUGGAAGAGAAGAAACAGAAGCAGGCUGAACAGGAUGCAGAAAAGAAGGCCCAGAAGGCAGAGGAAUCUGCGGUUGCUGCUGCAGAAAGCAAGAAGGCGGAUGUCAAGGACUCCGAAUCUAAAGCCAAGAAAUCAAAGGCUCUGGAGAAGCAACUGGUAGAUAACAAACAGAAGCAGGCUGAAAAGGAUGCCGAAAACAUGUCCCAGAAGGCCGAAGAGUCUGAGGUUGUUGCUGAAAAGAUAUCUGAAGAAAAGGUUGAAGAAAUCAAGAAGGCUGAUGUCAAGGAUUCCGAGGCUACAGCAAAGAAAGCAAAGGCUCUGGAGAAGCAAGAACUCGAAGAGAAACAACUGGAGGAUAACAAACAGAAGCAAGCUGAGAAGGAUGCAGAAAAGAAGUCCCAGAAGGCCGAAGAGUCUGAGGUUGUUGCUGAAAAGAUAUCUGAAGAAAAGGUUGAAAAAAACCAGAAAGCUGAUGUCAAGGAUUCCGAGGCUAAAGCAAAGAAAGCAAAGGCUCUGGAGAAGCAAGAACUCGAAGAGAAACAACUGGAAGAUAAGAAACAGAAGCAAGCUGAGAAGGAUGCUGAAAAGAAGUCCCAGAAGGCCGAAGAGUCUAAGGUUGUUGCUGAAAUGAUAUCUGAAGAAAAGGUUGAAGAAAGCCAGAAAGCUGAUGUCAAGGAUUCCGAGGCUGAAGCAAAGAAAGCAAAGGCUCUGGAACAACAAGAACUUGAGGAGAAACAACUGGAGGAGAACAAACAGAAGCAAGCUGAGAAGGAUGCUGAAAAGAAGUCCCAGAAGGCCGAAGAGUCUGAGGUUGUUGCUGAAAAGAUAUCCGAAGAAAAGGUUGAAGAAAGCCAGAAAGCUGAUGUCAAGGAUUCCGAGGCUAAAGCAAAGAAAGCAAAGGCUCUGGAACAACAAGAACUUGAGGAGAAACAACUGGAGGAGAACAAACAGAAGCAAGCUGAGAAGGAUGCAGAAAAGAAGUCCCAGAAGGCCGAAGAGUCUGAGGUUGUUGCUGAAAAGAUAUCCGAUGAAAAUGUUGAAGAAAGCCAGAAAGCAGAUGUUAAGGAUUCCGAGUCUAAAGCAACGAAAGCAAAGCCUAUGGAGAAGCAAGAACUGGAAGAGAAACAACUGGAGGAGAACAAACAGAAGCAAGCUGAGAAGGAUGCUGAAAAGAAGUCCCAGAAGGCCGAAGAGUCUGAGGUUGUUGCUGAAAAGAUAUCCGAAGAAAAUGUUGAAGGAAGCCAGAAGGCAGAUGUCAAGGACACCGAAGCUAAAGCCAAGAAAGCAAAGGCUCAGGAACAACAAGAACUCGAGGAGAAACAACUGGAAGAUAAGAAACAGAAGCAGGCUGAACUGGAUGCCGAAAAGAAGGCACAGAAGGCAGAGGAAUCUGCGGUUGCUGCUGAAGAAAGCAAGAAGGCUGAUGUCAAGCACUCCGAAUCUAAUGCCAAGGAAGCAAAGGCUCUGGAGAAGCAACUGGAGGAUAACAAACAGAAGCAGGCUGGAAAGGAUGCCGAAAAGAUGUCCCAGAAGGCCGAAGAGUUUGAGGUUGUUGCUGAAAAGAUAUCCGAAGAAAAGGUUGAAGAAAGCCAGAAGGCGGAUGACAAGAAGCCAGAUGAGAAGGACAUGGAGAAGGCCCAGAAAGCAGAAGUUUGUGAAGUUCUUUCUGAGAAGGUGUCGGAAGAAAAUGUGGAAGAUGUCAAGAAACUUCAUGGAGCAUCCAAACCUCAAGAGGAAAAGGUGGAGAAACAAGGACUCGAGGAGAAACAACUGGAAAAGAAAAAGCAAAAGCAGAUUGAAAUAGAAACUGGCAAGAAGUCCCAAAAGGCAGACAAAUUGAAGGAGAAGUUCUUGGAUCUUUCCCAUGCGCUUGCUCUUAGUACAAACAACGACGCAAUGCAGGCAAUUGUGACAGACAGCCAAGAUAUUAUCGAGAAUCUCAGUGAUGUGGACAAG